CGUGAGUACACCGGCUUUUCAAUCGGUUCGGUUAGUUAACAGUUGACCAUUGGUACUGGUGCGAGUGACAUGCCAGGACAGAAGUGUUAUUAACUUCAUCAGUUUAAUAUUUAAUGUGAAUCAGUAAUCAAAUAAAGUGAGAUUAAAAACUAUGUGAGAUAGAAAAACGAAUAAAUCACAAUUAAUAAUGGAGUUCCUGUCUAGGCUUAUACUUUUCUAUUUGUUGAGUGAAAAAGGAUUUGUUGAAGGGACAGAGCGUGAAAGUUUAGAUGUGCUUGAAGGGGAAGAAGUUACUUUACAAUGCAGGUUUGACCCAGUAGCAGCUAGGACUGAGGUGACACUCUACUGGAUCAGGAAUAACAGGGAUGGGAGUGAUAAUGCAGCGAUAGGGAGCACAUCACUAGAUUCAAAUUACAGGGUUGAGAAGUACCCUGAGUUAGGACGGUAUGAUCUAAAGAUAGAGAAUACAACCUAUGACAGGGAUAACGGGAACUUCAAGUGUAUGGUUAAACAAGGUGGAACAGGGACUCUUCUUCACAUCAAGAAAAUCAGUUUGACUGUGUUACUGAAACCAUCUCCUCCCAGAGUAAUCCCUUCGACUCCGGUCUCUACGGAGGGAACUCCGGUCAACCUAACCUGUUCAAGUGUAGGGGGCUCACCCCCGCCCCAGUUGAGAUGGUAUCGUGAAGGUGACUCCCAACUACUAGAAUCCACUAUGAUCCUAGGAUCAACAAGAGAGGAUCCAAGUCUUAGCAUUCUAACAAUUCUACCUCAAAAGGAAGACAACGGGGCUGUAUUCCGUUGUACAGUCUGGAAUAGAGCUUUGGGUCAGAGACAAAAACUGGAGCAUAAAAUCACACUUCAAGUUAACUAUUUUCCUCGUGUUUCUAUUGGUCCUGAGAAUCCACUGAGAGUUGAAGAGGGAGAUACUGCUGUUCUAAUGUGUCAGGUUGAUGCAAGACCAGAGGUGGAAAACGUAAAAUGGACGAGAGAGGGACGGUACAUAGCAACCACUUUCAGACACGUGAUACCUACAGUUGACCGGCGGGAUGAGGGUCCAUAUUUCUGUGAAGCUGACAAUCAACUUGGACAAACUGGGAAAGGAGAAUUAAAUCUAAUCGUUCUUCAUGAACCCAAGAUAUCCCUGGAAAGGUUUAAAGAGGUGAAUGCAGGGGAAGAAGUUCGAAUACAUUGUAAAGUAACAGCCAACCCUCAUCCUGUUUCAUUCAAGUGGCGACGGCAUGAUACCCCUGGGUUUGAACAGGAAGGAGAAUAUCUAAACAUCAAGGAUAUAUCUCCCCAGGAUUCAGGAGUAUACUCUUGCUCUGCUACUAAUCUUAUUGACCCAAGUGGAGAAAACACCCGUCGCAGAACUGGAAACGGAACCAUAGAACUUGCAGUUCGUCACAAACCUGGAGUAGGGUUUGUUCAACCUAGCAGGCCAGCUGGAAUUGAAGGUAAAUCAAUCACUCUGACAUGUGGAGCUAAUCCGUCUGGGUUUCCGGAACCUAAAUUUACAUGGUGGAAGGAAGGAAACCCUACACAAGUUCUCUCAACUGAAGCAUCCUUAACCAUCCGUCCGAUUAGAAUGGACAGCGGGGGAAACUAUAUUUGCAAACCAUAUAACGAGUUGGGAGAUGGUACUCCUGUAACCUGGGAGCUCAAUGUGGAACAGGAACCAAGGAUAGUCUCUGGACUACAAGAACGUAUUCUCCGAAAGGUUGGAGAUACAGGACUGAUAAUGACCUGCAGCGGCAUUGGUAAACCUAAACCUGAUGUAACAUGGUUUAAAGAUGGAGCUCCAAUUGAUCCAUCAGAUAGCAGAAUGUUUAGUGUAACCGUUAGUGCCCAGCAGAGCUAUCCUCAAACUACCACCAACGUUAUCUCCUCAAUACGAUUUACUGGAUCUGCCCGUGAAGCUACAGACGGCAUCCAUCCCUCUGAUGCAGGAGAAUAUGUUUGUCAGUUUGAGAACAAUGUUGGUCGAGCACAAUCGGCAGUAGUACUGAAGGUGGAGCAUAAACCUAUUGUGUCACAUAAGCACAAUAAAAUAGCUGCUGAUCCAGGAGAGAUGGCUCAAAUACCCUGCAGGAUGAAAGCCUUUCCUGCUCCCUCCUUUGAAUGGGAAUGGCAGAAUGCUGCCGCAAGAAGCAAAGUAGGCUUCUACGAGAUUCCUAUGAGACAGAUUGGAGAUAACGAGUAUGAAUCAAUCCUACGAGUAUCCAAUGUCAAUCCAUCCUUCUAUGGUGAGUUUGUUUGUAAGGCUGGGAACAACAUGGGAUCUGUUCGAACAGUCGUAAAUCUUGUCAAGAAAGGGCGACCUGAAAGUCCCAGUAAUCUUGAGUCUACGGAUACAGGACCAAACAGUAUUGUAAUGAGCUGGGUUGAGAACUUUAAUGGCGGACUCAACAAUACCAUGUUUAAACUUCAGUAUAGAGAACUGGGAGGAAGCAUUUCCGAUGCUAAAGAGAUUGGUUGUAGAACUAAGAACUGUAAACUAUCUGACCUAAAACAACAUACAACCUACAUUGUCCGAAGCAAGGCUAUCAACCCCCUGGGGGAAUCUAACUGGUCAGAACAAGUGUCAAUCACUACUCAGAUCGACGUGUCUCAAAUACCCCGUGCAGAAAGUUUAUAUUUUGAGAUAUCAACUAAAUCUAUUUCCUUCAAAGUGAACAACUACCCGCUGAACCUGAUGGGGAAGAUAGAGGUGAUGACGGAGGAACAGAGUUGGACACAUCUUAGGAGUGUGUCUCUAAAACAUCAUCCUUACAAGUUUGCUGUCAGCUCGGAUAUAGAAUUCCAGAAUGUUCGAAUCCGACUAUGUUUGGAGAGUAAUGAUAUGCUGUGUGGAGCUUACACUGAGGCUAGUGUAGUUGAUAGAAUACAGGAGCAGGCCCUGUUUUCCGUUGAUGGUGAGUCUUGGUUAGUGGCUGUUAUUGUUGGUGUUCUUGUAACAGCUGUCAUCUCUCUAAUAGUUCUAGCUAAAUUCUGCCAUCAGCGUCACUCCAAGAACUCAAGUUUAUUGCAGAAAGAAGAUAUGUCUGUAUCUAAGCCUGAUCUGCUGCAUACCUCCCUGUCCUAUGAUAAAAUCACUGCGUUAAGCAAGGAAGUUGACGGAAUAACUGACAAUAAUCUGCAGAGGAAAAUUGGAGAAAACAGCUCGGGAGGAGUUGGAGACUCAGUUAACUCCCAGGAUUCUCUUUGGAACGUUCCAGGAGACGAGUAUAGGUUUAAACCCUCCCUGGAUCAGAUGGAUAGGUUUGAUGCUGAUUAUGCUCAUUACCCCCAACCCGAGGAAUAUUUAGCAGACCUAACUACCAAGUAUCUAACUGACCCUAAUGGAUUUAACCUGGUCCAGCCCAAGGGGCUUCAACAGGACCUGAAAAGAUUCCAAGGGGAAUCCAGCUUUAACGGGUUCGAUCAUGGACAAUAUUUUGCCAAUGGUGAUCAGUAUGCCGUCCCAGCUAAACUUAGAUCUAAUAUACAAGGUCUGCCACUGAACGGUACACUGAAUAGAGAAAAGAAUUACUACGACCACUCCGACCAAAGUUCCCAAGAUACACCUAAAAAAGUGAUCAGAGAAAUAAUCGUUUAAAAGCUAAAAACGUCAUCAAUGCUGAUGAA